GCUGCAAAAUUUGUCUUCCCGGACCACGACUUGGAGCUCGCUUAUGACGGCGAGAGAGUCUUGCUUCAGGCUAGUAACUCCUAUCGAGAUGAAAUCCGAGGUUUAUGCGGUACAUUCAACGGAGACUCCCUCACAGAUUUCAAGACACCGAUGAACUGCUUUAUCAGGGACCCAUAUACCUUCGCCGCUACCUACGCAAUCACCGAUGAUUCAUGCGAAGGACCAGCGAAGAAGUUGAAGGAACUCAGCGACAAGGAACAGUGUGUCUCUGACAGCGUCUAUUAUACUGACGUUAUCAGUCAACACAAGUCCAAGAAUGCUACUGCAAGAGGAUUCGAUCUGGUAGAGACUUCCGAUGACUCAUCAUCUUCAUCUUCGUCGUCGUCAUCAUCUUCAUCAUCGUCAUCGUCUUCAUCAUCGUCAGAAUCCGGAUCCAAUUCGACUUCCAGCUCCAGUUCCAGCUCC